ACAUUGUUAGGUCUCAAAUCUUGGUAGCCAGGAAAUGAAAUAAUAUUUGCAUAUUACCUACAGCAAUCCUCUACAUCACCUCUAGAUUGCCUAUAAUUCCUAAUACAAGGGGAAUGCUGUGUAUAUAGGUGUUAUGCUCUUUUGUUUAGGGAAUAAUGAUUGAAUGUACAUAUUCAGUUCAGACCCAAUUUUUUCUUUCCAAAUGUUUUUACUCGGGUUUGUAGAAUCCUUGGAUGUGGAACCUGCAGAUACAGAGAGUCAACUGCAUUUCUCUACAGAAUUUUUCUCUUGGAGAAGGAAGAAACAUCAAUUUUUUUGUGCACCCUGCCUUUACUAUGUUAGGUGUUCACUCAUGAUUACUGAAUGCAUUAAUUAUUAAUUAAUUUAUUUAAUAAAUAGUUAUCAAACAUCUUCUGUGGGUGAGGCACUUUAUGAAGCUGGGAGCACAGUGGUAAAUGACACACACCGUCAUGGGACUUAUGUUCACCUGGGAGAAAAACCAUAAGACUGGUGGUGAGUUUAGAUUAUUAGCACUGUGAAGGAAGAGGCUAACAGGGACUUUUGGUCAGUGCAGCACUUGGGGAAAGGCUGUGUGAGAUGGUGUUUAAGCGGAAACUAUAAAGGUGAAGGGACUCAGGCCUGGAGAGGUGCAUGGGAAAGCCCAGGAGAGGGUGAAGGAGAGCUGGAUGCAUCCCAGCCAUGGAAGGUCAUAAUGGCUGGAGUGUAGCAAAUGACGGAGUAUGUCAGGUCAGAGGGGCUGGCUGGAUAUUAAGAAGUUCACAUUUUUUCUAGGUGCGCUGGGGAGCUACUGAAGAGUUUUCAGCAGGGACUGAAGUAGUCUAGUUUGUGUUUCAAAAGAUUACUGACCACACUGUGGAAAGUGUAUUAUGGAGGAGAAGGUUGAAGUGGGGAAACCAGGUGGGUGGAAUUGUAGAGGCCCAGGUGAAAGGUGAUGGGGCUUGGCAGUGGUGGUGGACAAAGAGAAAAGUGAAUGGAUUUGAGAUAAUUUCAGCAGUCAAACAAAUGGGAUUAGCUGUUGAUGUAACCAUGAAGUGGGCAAGGACACACUGCCACGAUGUCAGCCUGUCUUUCCAGAAGGCUUUUAGCAAUGCAAACCAGCAUUGGGGCAUUGUACAUGUUCAGUGAGGACUUGCACACCAUACUCCCAGCUAAGCUGAGGCCUGCAGGCCUUUUUUUCCAAGCUUCUGAAGAAUGAUGGAAUGCAAGAUGGAGGAAAAAAAGGCCAUGUGCCUAUUUCCUAGAGUAUCCCUGAGCCAGAGCAUGGCCUCGUCAACAUCAUCUUCUUAGCCAGCUGCUAUAACAAAGUAUAAUAGACUGGUGGCUUAAACAGCAGAAAUUUUCUUCCUCACAGUUCUGGAGGCUGGUAGUCCAAGAUCACAGUGCCACUGAUUUGGUUCCUGGUGGGGACUCUUCCUGGUUUGUGGUUGGCUGCCUUCUCAUCAUAGUCUUACACCGUGGAGAAAGAUAUCAUUGCUUUUAUGUCUCUGCUUUCAGGGCAACAGCCCUAUUCCACCCACCAUGUGUCUCCCAAAGGCUGCGCCUUCAAAUGCCAUCCAUGAUAUUGGAGAUUAGUGCUUCAACAUGCAAAUCUGGGGGAGACCCAAAUAUUCAGUCUGUAGCUAUCACCGUUGUUGUCUUAGCCGCAUCAGUACAGGACUCACAUUAUUUUUUUUUUUAACACAAUACCUUUAUUUUGUUUGUUUAUUUAUUUUUAUGUGGUGUUGAGGAUUGAAGCCAGGGCCUCGUGCAUGCUAGGCAAGCACUCUACCGCUGAGCCACAACCCCAGCCCCCAUUAUUUGUUAUGUGAAAUACAUUGCACUGGUUUUUUUUUUUUACAAAAUAUUGUCUCAUCAUUUUUCAAAAUACUAUUAUGUAGACACUAUUGUUCUAGAUAUUCUAUUUUCUAGAUGUGGAAAUGAAUUCUUUGGAAGGUGUUUUAAAAACCAUGCCUAACAUCAACCAAUGUGUGGGUGUGGCUUAGGAGCUCCUUGCAGGGCUCUUGUUCGUUCUCCCUGAGAUAAGCCUUGCCCCUUCAUUCUCAGGAAUGAGAUGGGAGUCAUCUGAGAUUGUCGAUGCUUUCCUUCUUUGGCUGUUUUUCUUCCCGUUUACCACUGGCCAACACCCUGGUGCAGCCACCAUCUCCAGUUACCAGAGCUGGACUCCUGCUUGAUGUUCUGGCCUCCCAUCUUCUCCACUUUUCCGCUCUUUGGCCAGCAGGAUCCCAGAUGGGGCUGCACUGGAGCAGGAGCCAUUCUGAGUUUGGAGUUGGAAAUUUUGAUUGUAUAAUUUUGGUAAUAUCUCUCUUUUCUCUUAUUUUGGGCAGAUUCCAGGGGGGGACAAGCGAAUGGAGGACCAGAGACCUCUCACACCUCCGUCGCCCCAGCCAGCUGCUGAGAACUCAUACCUCUACUCCACAGAGAUCACGCUGUGGACAGUGGUGGCUGCCAUUCAGGCCUUGGAGAAGAAGGUGGAUUCCUGCCUGGCCCGCUUGCUGACUCUGGAGGGACGCACUGGGACAGCAGAGAAGAAGCUGGCUGAUUGUGAGAAGACGGCCGUGGAGUUCGGCAACCAGCUGGAGGGCAAGUGGGCCGUGCUGGGGACCCUGCUGCAGGAGUACGGGCUACUGCAGCGGCGGCUAGAGAACGUGGAGAACCUGCUGCGCAACAGGAACUUCUGGAUCCUUCGGCUGCCCCCUGGCAGCAAGGGGGAGGUCCCCAAGCCUGAGUGGGGCAAGCUGGAGGACUGGCAGAAGGAGCUCUACAAGCAUGUGAUGAGGGGCAACUAUGAGACACUGGUCUCCCUGGAUUAUGCCAUCUCCAAACCUGACAUCCUCACCCGGAUAGAGAGAGGAGAGGAGCCUUGUCCUGAAGACCAGCAAAGCAAGGAGAAGGGGACUGAGGAAGAGGCUGCAUGUCCAAGGAGGCUGGACACUGGUCUCCUUCCAUAUCCAGAGCAAGUCCCCAGUCCAGUCAGCCAUGCCCAGGAGGAGCCCAAAGAAGGCCAGGCCCCUCAACACCAACAGAACGAAGAAGCAGGAGUGACCCCACCCAGGCUGGGCACUGGACCUCCAGCAAACACCAGCAUUUUGUCCUCAAUUAAACAGGAGAGAGAAUCUUCAGAGGGGGAGUCACCAGCUUCCCCUCCCAGGGACAUCAUGUCCAGUCUGGGGCCAGGUGGUGGUGGCAUGGCCAUCAAGACAGAAGCUCAGUCUGAGGAGGAGAUGGUGCCUGAGCAGCUCCGCCUGGGGUCCCCAAGCCGGACCAAGUGUAGAACACCUAGAGGGCCUAGGAACAGGACUGGAGGCCCUAGGCGGCAUCACGCCCAGGGGAGGCCAAGGGUGCGCACUGGGGAGCCUCGGCCACCAGGGGCCAUUGGGGAGACACCCCGCGUACUCCCUCGCCGGCGGGAACGGACCUUCCCCUGCCCUGACUGUGGGCAGAGCUUCCGCUUGAAGAUUAACUUGACAAUCCAUCAAAGGACUCACGUGGAGGAGGAGCACAGGGAAGCUCCCGGGGGCUCACCCACCAGAUGGGGGGAAGGCCACUCUACGCUGGAGCCAGGGGAAGUGGUAGUGCCUGGCCCUGUCAUCCGCUGGCUCCCCGAGGAGCCCGUGGGCCACCAUUCCCUGGGAGGGCGUGCCUUCAUGGGGCGGAGGCCCACAGCCACCAAGAUUUACCACUGCAGUGAAUGCCUGCGCUUUUUCCAGCAGCGGAAGAGCCUGCUGCUUCACCAGCGCCUGCACACAGGCAACAAUCAGGGCUGGCCUGCCUGUCCCUACUGUGGCAAGGCCUUCCGCCGGCCCUCGGACCUCUUGCGUCACCAGCGUAUCCACACUGGUGAGCGACCCUACCAGUGCCCCCAGUGUGGCCGGGCCUUCAACCGAAACCACCACCUGGCUGUGCAUAUGCAGACUCAUGCCCGGCGUCGGGUGGGCCUGCAUUUCCCUGUGCCCUCUGCAGGCCAGGGGAGCUCACCCCUGCAGGGUCGCAGCCAUGCAGAGGAGGGCUGACCAGGCAGGAGCCUGCAGGGCAUCCUCUUGUCUUCCUGCAUCCCAGGCAGGACCUGUGAUCUAUCUCUUAGGGCUUUCCCUUGUGCCUGAUGCUGGUCCCUUAUUCUGGGAUGUCUUGGAGAGAGUUUUUUUUUUUUGUUUCCCUUAUUCAAAUGGAAAGCAAUGGCCCUUUUGAUGAUAUCAUAUAUAUGCGACAAGGUACCUCUAUUUUCUCUUUCCUAAGGGUGUCACUCUGUGCUAUCUUUUUCUACAUUCUUGACCUGCAAAGGGUCCCUGAAGGCUUAAACAACACCAGUUUUUGGUGUAGCUUUUGACUGGUGCUACAGUCAAGAUGAUCAGAGACUGUGGUCCUUUCAGAAUGGACCAUAGAGACUUCGGGGACUGGGAGUGACUGCACAGAGGUCUGUCUGCGCUCCACAUGAGAAAACAGCAGAGAGAACAGGACACAAGAGAAGGCACUCGGAAUUUGCAUUUUCUGCUUUUGUUAGCUUGAGACUUUUUUUUUCUUUGAAUGAAGACUUUGUAAUGUGUUUGUAAGCGUUGUGUAUAGUUGCAAAGAGGACCAGGAGCUCCUGAGGGCAGGAAUUCUGCCACUUCCUUUGUGGGUCUGGCAGGGCAGGAAGAGGGUUUUGAUGGGCAGAAUUUGGCUGCUGUCUUAGAAGCAGAGCUUCUCUCCAGGUGUAUGUUUCUGAGCUCUGAGUGACUCCCAGUCUUCCUAGUCCUUCCCUCACAGGGCAGUCUCAUCUGUUAUUUACUUUUGAUAUCAGUUAAAGAGGAAAGGAAAUCAGGUGUGGAUGGCCUCCCUUGCCAGGUCUCAGGAUUCAUAGGUGUGCAUGAUCCAUUGACUGGACCCAGAAGAUGCCUUGAGGGUGCUGCAGAGUCUUGUGAGCCCAAGACCUUCCUCAAGGGGAAGACUGACUGGGGGAGGCUGGGGAGUCUGCCUGGACUCUCCAGGCCUCGUUUCUCCUGGUAAAGAAUUUGGGGUCUGGUGCUAAGUAGGGCUAGGAGGUUGGGGAAUCCUUCAGCCCCCCUCUAGGCUCACAUUCCUUGUCUGUCAAAGGGUAACAGCUCCAGUGCAUCCCACCUCAUCUAGGAGUUGUUGGCACUGAAUUUAGAGACUGCACAAAUAAGACGCUUGGUGAUAUUCUUAGUUUCAAGUUCAGGGUUUCCAAUUUUUUUUUUUCCCAGUGAUUUCCUGCUCAGUCAGAAUCCCCUGGGAAGAGUGAGGGUUAGUGCCCUUGUACCAAAGCAUCGGUCCAUGACCUGUUUUUAAUAGUAUUGCUAUUGUCAGGCUGCACGGAGAAGUCUUGAUGCCUAGUUUCUCAUAUUCCUUAAUCACACCACCUUGGGUGCUGCCUACAGACCAGCUGGCUGUGGGUUCUGGGUCCCUGGCAACUUCCAGUUGUCCUCACCCCUUUUCCACAGUCCCGAAUGGAGUUUGGGGCAGAUGGUAACAUUGCCAUCAUCCCUGGGAAAGGGGAAGGAUAAAAGUCUGACAGGUUAGCCAAGAUCCUAAAGAGGCACCACCUGCUUGAGGCUCCUGCUUGUCUGGAGCCCCAGAAGUCAGAGACAAAUGUCAGCACGUGCGCAGGCAGGAUAUGGUACAAGUGUGGCUGCUCAGCUUAACCCUCAGCUACAAGAGCUAGGCUCAGAUAUUCUGGUGGUGCCUCAGGGCUCAGAAUUUUAAAUUCUAAAAUUUUAAAUGCUAAAUGCACUCUGUAAAUACAAGCAUUCAAUUGCAAGGCUCAGGUGUUUUUCCCUUUUCUUAUUUUCAAAGCAUUCAGUGCUCAGCUCUGGGCUAUGCAUAUUGGGUUUGCCCUGUCAUUCAAUAGGACGCGUUUAAAGAAUGCUCCUCAGGUUGAAAUGAACAGUGGAGGCUACAAGGUGCAGUAGCCCAGUGGUGCCCCACAAUCGGGAGGUGGGAGCCCUGGUUGGGGCCCAGACUUCCCCAGCUCUGGGCCUCAGCGUCCUCAUUUGUGAAACAAAGAAGUGGUUGGGUCUUAAGAUUCCUUAACAACUGUGAAGGUGGCAGUCUCCUGCUUUAAUCGGUGCUUAAUAAACAUGUUGGCAUAAA